UUGAAAAUGUCAAUUUAAAAAUCUGCCGUGAUGAAAAAAAUCUUUUCGGUUUUCGUGUAAUUUUCGAUUCGAUUAAUUUCGAGAGGUUCGUCUAAAUUUGGAAUUUUGUGAUGCGGUGCAACGUCGGUUAUAAAUCCAUCGGUAGUUUGUGUCAAUUCAUAAGCCGUAAUUAUGGAGGAAAAGUCGCUAAAAAAUUGGGGAGUCGUGAUAUUACGGUUACAACCACCGGAAGAGACAGCGAUUGUGGUACAAAAAAUCAAAUUCGAGAUAGAUGUAAAAAACUAAUUCUUUCCACGGAUGAUUGUCGACAAAUAAUGUUAAAAUUCAAUAAUGAUGUUGAAGCUGGAUUAAAAAAGGCCACACACGCUUCUUCGCCGGUUAAAUGUUUUGUUACUUACGUUCAACAUUUACCAACGGGACAAGAAAAAGGAAAGUUCCUUGCUUUGGAUUUGGGAGGAACGAAUUUUCGCGUUUUAUUAAUCGAAUUGAGUGAGAAACAUUUCGAAAUGCGCUCCAAGAUCUUUGCCAUUCCAAAAAAUAUUAUGACCGGUACUGGAACACAACUUUUCGAUCACAUCGCCGAGUGUAUGGCAACGUUUAUGGCGGAAGUUAAAAUCGGCCCAGAACCUUUACCUUUAGGAUUUACAUUUAGUUUUCCAUUACAACAAGUUGGAUUAAGUAAAGGGAUUUUAAGUCGAUGGACGAAAGGGUUUAAAUGCACCGGUGUUGAAGGAAAUGACGUUGUUGAGUUUUUAAAGACAGCCGUUGAUAAACGAGGGUUAAAAAGUCGUAUUAUGGCUAUUUUGAAUGAUUCGACGGGUACUUUGGUUGCUUGCGCGUGGAGAUCGCGAUUUUGUAAAGUUGGAUUAAUUAUUGGAACUGGUACAAAUGCUUGUUAUGUUGAGAAGCAAAAAAAUGCUGAAUUUUUUGACGAACCCAGCACCGGAUCUGAUGAAGUUUUAAUUAACACGGAAUGGGGGGCUUUCGGCGAUGAUGGGGGUCUCGAUUUUAUUUUCACCGAAUUCGACAAAGAAAUUGACCAAAAUUCAAUUAAUCCAGGCAAACAAAAAUUUGAAAAAAUGAUUUCUGGUAUGUAUAUGGGAGAAUUGGUUCGAUUAGUUCUCGUUAAAUUAUCGAAGGAGGGUUUGUUAUUUGGCGGAAAAUCAUCCCCUGAAUUAGAAAAGCGGGAACGAUUCUAUACAAAAUAUGUGUCGGAAAUCGAAAGUGAUCCAACGGGGGUUUUUACAAAGCAAAAACAGAUCAUGUUGGAAAUGGGAUUGGGUCACGCUUCCGAACAAGAUAUGGUGAACGUAAGAUUCGUUUGUGAGGUGGUCUCAAGAAGGGCCGCCUCUUUAGUUUCUGCCACGCUAGCUGCUUUAUUAAAUCGAAUGGGUGAGCAGCAUGUCACAAUUGGGGUCGAUGGAAGUGUUUAUAGGUUUCACCCGCAUUUCCACGGAUUAAUGAUGAAAGGAAUUGGUGAAUUAACUAAUCCCGGAAUUAAGUUUGAUUUGAUGUUGUCUGAAGAUGGAAGUGGAAGAGGAGCAGCUUUAGUGGCAGCUGUAGCGGCUUCAAAAGUGGGUAGAUGAGGAAUGUUGAAUUUUAUUUUAGAUUUUCAUUUGAAAUUGAUCUACUUAGAAGAGUAUCAUUUAUUUUUGGACUUUGUUCCUAAUGUAAAAUCCUUUUUUAGACUUAUUAAAGAGUUUUAUAUUGUUGUAUAUAUGAU